AUGUCUUCCAUCAUUCAACGAUUUGGUGACUCGCGAAAUUUGUCAUUUGCUGUUCCCCCAAGAGGUCAUAUUUUAUCAAGUAGAUAUGGUUUUAAGCAGAACAUGUUAAACAGCACCAAAUACCCACCACUAAAUGGUGGGACACAUUACGAUAUAUUAACUAAUCACGUGGGUUAUAAUCGACAUGAAAUGGAGGCUGUUAUUCCCAACGCAACUUACAUCACUGUAUUACGUCAUCCUGUAAAUCAACUUGUGUCCGCGUUUGCCUACUUCGAGUGGACAAAAGCUGUGAAAGCUUAUCGUAGAGGAAGUGCAGAUUUAUUUGCCACGUUCAUGGAAAGACCUACAAGAUUUCUAACUGCUAAAAUGAAGUUUUGGUGGCAAGGUCACAACGGUCAGCUUUAUGACCUUGGACUUCAAACACAAAAUAAAGAUACUGGUAACAAAUUAGAUGACCUUGUCUACAAAUACAUAGAAGUUCUAGAUAGGGAGUUGGAUCUCGUUCUCAUCACAGAAUAUUUUGACGAAUCAUUGCUGAUAUUAAAGAAACAACUAUGUUGGAGCAUGGACGAUAUUCUUUAUUUUUCAAAGGCAAAGUAUGAGUUCGUGAAUGAGGCAAUGAUGCCAAAGCUGCGUGUGAAGCCAAGAAUAAAAGGCUUGCAGAAAUCCGCUCACAGGCAGAUGAAGAUGAAGCAGUAG